AUGGCUUGGAUGGCCUUUGGAGCACUCGCCUCUGGCUUUGUGCUGCAGCGCCUGCUGGGCGGAGAUACCCCGCCGAACAAAGUUCUGGAAAUCAAGAGCGAAUCGUUGGGCACCUUGCAGGUUAUGGCGAGGGAUGAUGCAAUGGUUCUGUUCGCACCGCCCUACAACAGCAGCGAUAAGCGCGCCGUCUACGAGAUUGUGCUGCAGCGACCCACCUCCGAUUCAAACACCACUUCCUUCAGUCUCUACCGUUCGCCCGUCCAGCAGGAGGCGGAAGAGAAGUUCAAUACCUUUAUGCAGCGUCUGCCUGUCUUUGUGGGCAUUGUCAAGGAAUAUUACAAUGUUAAUGGAUUGCAAAAGGUGUGCGAUGCCCUCUCGGAUAACCCGUCGUGGACGUUGGCCCAUUUGGUUGCCUACUUCAAUCUGGUUGAAUAUAUCAGCAAUCCCAAGGUGCUGCAGUGUAUCGAUGUGGCAGAUCAUACAACACUCAUGUCGCCGUUUCAGCUGGCCAUCAAACAGGGUCACAUAGAAAUGGUAAAGCUGCUUUUGCCUCUUAGCAAAAUCGAGCACUUGGACAUAAACAGCAAUUCGGUAUUCCACUAUGCCGCCAGCACAUCCAAAGAGAUCAUCAAUCUGCUCACGGAGAACAGCACUGUAAAUCUGAACCACCUCAAUUCGGACGGUUGCACGCCGUUGCAUUUGGCCUGCUUGACAGACAAGCCCGAGAAUGUGAAGGCUCUGCUGCUCGCAGGCGCCGAUGUCAACCUGAAUGCCAAGAAUAUAAGCAAACUGUAUAAGACAUCGACACCCACAUCGGUGGCCUCGUUCCUGCGCACCAAUGCCAGCAAGCUCUACACCCAGGAUAUGAAAUAUGGCGGGACACCAUUGCACUGGUGCUCCUCUCGAGAAACCCUGCACGCCCUCAUCAUGGAGGGAUGCGAUGUGAAUGCCACCAAUUUCGAUGGACGCACCGCACUGCAUGUUAUGGUGGCUCGCAAUCGCUUCGAAUGCGUGGUCACGCUCCUGGCGCACGACGCAGAUAUCGAUGUGCUGGACAAUGAGGGGAAUGCUGCUCUACACAUUGCUAUCGAGAAGAAACUAGUGCCCAUUGUCCAAUGUCUGGUGGUCUUCGGCUGUGACAUCAAUCUGAAGAACAAGGCGGGAAAGACGCCGCGUCACAUGGUUGGCAACGAUGCCAGCGGCAACAAGGAGGACGAAAUAUUAUACAUAUUGCAUUCGGUGGGUGCCAAGCGUUGCUCCGACCCGAAUUCAAAGUGUCCGCCCGGCUGCAAUCCCAAGGGCUCCUACAAUGGCAUACCGCCAGAGGCACCAGAAUCCGUGGAGCAGAGAGAGCACAUUGAAAAUAUGCUGGCAACCACCAGUCGACAAAUGGUCAGCGGCUUUCUGGGCGCAGCAGCCAAUGGAAUCAUUGAAAAACAGCAGCCCCCACAAAUGCCUGUUGUCGUUGAUACGGAGAAAGAGCAAAAGGGUCAGAGUAUCAUGGACGCUCUCUUGGGCAUGUUUACCACUAAAGUGAAUGCAGAUGAGAAGGAGAACUCAUCGAGUAGCAUAGCUAGUGCUACGGCCACGCCGCCAUCGGGCAUAGCUAGUCCAGAACAGCUGCCGUCGCCCACAUCUCCCAUUGCUCCAGAAGUCGGCGAUAAGCCAUACGGACGCGGGCGUCUGCUAUGCUUGGAUGGCGGUGGCAUACGUGGCCUAGUGCUCGUCCAAAUGCUACUCGAGGUGGAGAAGCUGUCGCGAACGCCCAUCAUACAUAUGUUCGAUUGGAUCGCCGGCACCAGCACUGGCGGCAUACUGGCCUUGGGCCUGGGGUGUGGCAAGACCAUGCGGCAGUGCAUGGGUCUCUACCUACGCAUGAAGGAACAAUGCUUUGUGGGCUCGCGUCCGUAUAAUAGCGAAUACUUCGAGGCAAUACUUAAGGAUAAUCUGGGCGAGUUUAAUGUCAUGACAGAUAUUAAGCAUCCCAAGAUUAUGGUGACUGGAGUUAUGGCAGAUCGUAAGCCCGUCGAUCUUCAUCUGUUCCGCAACUACACCAGCGCCAGUGAUAUACUAGGCAUUGUGACUUCCAUAAGUAAUCGACGCAUACCGCCGCCACAGCCUGAGGAACAGCUAGUGUGGCGUGCUGCUCGUGCAACUGGAGCAGCUCCAUCAUAUUUCCGUGCAUUUGGACGCUUUCUGGACGGCGGACUUAUCGCCAAUAAUCCAACAUUGGAUGCCAUGACUGAAAUCCAUGAAUAUAACAUGGCGCUACGUAGUGUUGGACGCGAAGCAGAAGCUGUGCCGGUCUCAGUGGUUGUUUCGCUUGGCACGGGUCACAUACCCGUCACGGAACUAAAGGAUAUUGAUGUAUUCCGGCCUGAAAGUAUCUGGGAUACGGCUAAAUUGGCUUACGGCAUAUCUACGAUUGGUAAUCUGCUUGUGGACCAGGCCACUUGCUCGGAUGGACGGGUCGUUGAUCGCGCCCGCGCCUGGUGCAGCACCAUUGGCAUACCUUACUUUAGGUUCAAUCCGCAGCUGAGCGAGGACAUUGCCAUGGACGAGAAGAACGAUCAGAAGCUUAUCAAUAUGCUUUGGCACACCAAGGCGUACAUGCACACCAAUCGUAACAAAAUUAUUGAGAUGAUCAAUUUCUUGAAAUAGCGCGUAAGACGGAUUUAGACCGCUACAAUUGGCAUUUAGCUUCAAAAGUUUACAUUUUACCACAGCUGUGUAUUGAUCUUCUUUAUUUGUUUUAUAAACUUUUCUCAGCACCCUUUCCCGCGGUCUAAAUCACACCCACCCACCCACACGCACACACACACACACACAGAAACAACUAAACACACUACGCACACCACUCUUUUAACAUACUGACCCAGUCGAAAAUCCGUUGCCAGAAAUUAAACAAAUAAAAUCCAAAAAUAGGAUUCCAUACAAGGCAUAAUUUAAA